AUUAACAAACCUUCAAAAAGCUCGUCCAAUGAUUUCGCAUGAAAUCGGAAGAUGCUGAAAUUAGAAUCUUCCUUUGCAGAUGCCGUAUUCUUACAAUCGCUUCAAGAUUCCGAUGUCUUGCCUGCAAAAUCCUCUUUCUGAACUCACCUUCUUUUAUCUUUUCUAGCUUCGAAAUGGGAGCACUGAAGUUGAUUUUCUCUGCAAUUCUACUACUGUUAGCUCUUCAACAGACGACUUCACAUGGAGAUAAUCCCCUCUCCAAAAUUGCUAUACAUAAGUCAACUUUUUCCCUUAAUGAUCUUGCUUAUGUUGAAGCCUCUCCUUCAGUGCUUGGACUGACGGAGCAGAAUUCAGGAUGGGUGACACUGGAAUACAGUAAUCCAGUCCCUUCAGUUAAUGAUUGGAUUGGAGUAUUUUCUCCUGCUAAUUUCAGUGCUUCUUCCUGUCCCUCAGAAAAUCCUAGAGUUUAUCCUCCGCUGUUGUGUUCUGCACCUAUUAAGUAUCAGUAUGCCAAUUACUCUAGUCCUGAGUAUAAAGAUUCAGGAAAAGGUUCAAUGAAGCUGCAACUGAUCAACCAGAGAUCAGACUUCUCUUUUGCUCUAUUUACUGGUGGAUUUUUAAAUCCAAAGUUGGUGGCGGUGUCAAAUACAGUUGCCUUCUCAAAUCCAAAUGCACCUGUCUAUCCACGCUUAGCACAAGGAAGAACAUGGAAUGAAAUGACUGUAACAUGGACGAGUGGAUAUGGAAUCAAUGAAGCAGAACCUUUUAUUGAAUGGGCUCCUAAAGGAGGUGAUCCUAUUCAUUCUCCAGCUGGAACAUUGACUUUUGACAGAAGCAGCAUGUGUGGUGCACCAGCAAGGACAGUGGGAUGGCGUGAUCCUGGAUAUAUACAUACUAGUUUUUUGAAGGAUUUGUGGCCGAACAAAGUGUAUACCUACAAGCUUGGACAUAAAUUGUUCAAUGGCACUUGUAUUUGGAGUCGAGAAUACCAGUUUAAAGCAUCUCCAUAUCCAGGACAAAAUUCUGUACAACGUGUAGUCAUUUUUGGUGACAUGGGAAAGGGUGAAGUUGAUGGUUCUUGUGAAUAUAAUGAUUUUCAGCCUGGUUCUCUUAACACCACUAAGCAGCUCAUUCAAGAAUUGAAUAACAUUGAUAUAGUAUUCCACAUUGGAGAUAUAUGUUAUGCAAAUGGAUACUUAUCACAGUGGGACCAAUUUACUGCACAAAUUGAGCCUAUUGCAUCAACUGUCCCUUACAUGAUUGCCAGUGGUAACCAUGAGCGCGACUGGCCGGGGACAGGAUCCUUCUAUGGGAACAUGGAUUCUGGUGGAGAAUGCGGUGUUUUGGCUGAGACUAUGUUCUAUGUCCCUGCAGAGAACCGGGCCAAGUUCUGGUACUCUACAGACUAUGGCAUGUUCCGGUUCUGCAUAGCUGAUACAGAACAUGACUGGAGAGAAGGAACAGAACAGUACAAAUUUAUAGAGAAUUGCCUAGCUUCAGUGGAUAGGCAAAAGCAACCAUGGCUGAUCUUUCUUGCACAUCGGGUACUGGGUUAUUCUUCUUGUAUAACUUAUGCUAUAGAAGGAUCAUUCCAGGAACCAAUGGGAAGAGAGAGCCUUCAAAAACUCUGGCAGAAGUACAAGGUUGACAUUGCCAUGUAUGGUCAUGUACACAAUUAUGAAAGAACCUGCCCCAUAUAUCAGAAUAUAUGCACCAGUAAAGAGAAACACUACUAUAAAGGCAGCCUGAAUGGGACAAUACAUGUAGUUGCUGGUGGUGCAGGAGCAAGCCUUUCACCAUAUACCACACUCCAAACUUCAUGGAGUUUGUAUAAAGACUAUGAUCAUGGAUUUGUGAAGCUUACAGCAUUUGAUCAUUCGAACCUGUUGUUCGAGUACAAGAAGAGCAGAGAUGGAAAGGUUUACGACUCUUUCCGGAUAUCCCGAGAUUAUAGGGAUAUCUUGGCCUGCACUGUGGAUAGUUGCCCAAGUAAGACACUAGCAUCUUGAUUUGUGUAUAGAUAUAAAACUCACUUGUAAGUAUUAUCUGUUACAUGAUAGUUCAUGUUAUGAAUCAGAACCGUGAACUUGACUGCUUCCAUGUUUCUUAUAUAUUCUUCUUUCUUCUAAAUAA